UUUCGAUAAUGUCUAUCACAACAUCGCAGUUGAACAAUAGUCUUUCCGCUUGUGGAUACAGCGGAGUUGGUGAAAAUUUAGGGUCCACAAUAGUCAACCAAAUCAACCGAUCGGUCAGUGAUCGCAAUGAGGCGGCCAUGUUCAUUGCUCAUCUGAUCCACGAGAGCGGCGGCUUUGAGCACCGAGAAGAGAAAAGUCGCGGUGCAGGAGAACCUUACCCCCCGUACUACGGUCGAGGAUACAUACAGUUGACCUGGGCUGACAACUACCGUGCAGCGUCCAAAGAUUUGUACGGCGAUGAAAGUGUUUUGUUGAAUGACCCGGAUCAGGUAUCAAGAACCCCGAAAGACAGCAUGGAUGUAUCUACCUGGUACUGGAAAAAUAGAGUUCGUCCCGAAGCGGCACCGUUCAACAAUUUUUACCGCACAACCAAGGCCAUUAACGGUGGAUUGGAGGGAAGCUCCAGCCAUCCGGCGGCAAAAACACGCUAUGGUUAUUAUCGCAAGGUAGCUCAACAGUUGGGUAUUCAUAAUUUGGCUAGAGAAGGUUAGACAAAAAAGCGAUAAAACAAAGUACUAGUUCUGCUUGAAAAUAAAU